AUGGUUACAAUCUCGAAAGGAUGUCUUGUAAAAACAGAACCAAGUAUUAAAGAAGUAAUCUGUACAAUAGGUGAGAAUGAGAAUUUUGUUAUUGAAAAUAUUAACGACACAUUAGUAUUUAUUACAGAAGAAGGAGCCAAGGAUUUAAAAUCUAGAGUAGAAGCUAUUUUAAAUCGACCCAACAAAGAUGUAAAAUAA